UAUUAAAGAAGUGUUUUUCUUUUGCAGGUGUACCGAGUUCCAGAGACAGCCACUCUUUUGUUAAGUGGAGGCAUAAAGUUCAGUGAUUUAUCAGAGGAUGAUGCUGUGGUCUUCCAAGAAAACCUCCUAAAGUCCAUGAUGCAGAUCGAGAACACCUUCUUCUCGCUGGCGGAGUCCUGCUCAAAGAACUGCCUCGUUAUCUGUGACCGCGGCACAAUGGACGCCUCUGCUUUUAUACCUCAAGAACGCUGGGAGGAGAUCAUGAAGAAGAAUGGAUGGAAUCCAGUGGAUCUGCGCGAUACACGGUACAACCAAAUCCUUCACAUGGUUUCAGCUGCUAACGGUGCUGAAGCUUUCUAUAGCACUGAAGACCAUGCUUGCAGGAGUGAGAAUAUGGAUCUUGCCCAAAGAUUGGAUAAUAAGGCUGCCGAGGCUUGGGUUGGACAUCCCUACUUUGAUGUGAUUGACAACUCAACAGAUUUUGACACUAAGAUGCGUCGCAUGAUAAGCGUUGUUUGUCAGAAGCUUGGCGUAGACACAGGUGACAGAUUGAAGACCAACGCCCGCAAACUCAAAUUCCUCGUCAAGGGACCAUUGCCUGAUGACGGUCUUUUCCCAACCUUCCAAGACUUCAGUGUCGAGCAUAUAUAUCUUCGCACAAACUCUCGGAAGAUGCAGGCACGGCUCAGAAAACGCGGCAAAAAUGGCCACCACAGUUACACACAUACCAUUCGCAAGCCAGAACAGUUGGGGCAGAUUGUAGAGGUGAAGACAGCUAUUAGCCAACGGGACUGGAACAACAUGUCAGCUCAAGCAGACGAACACCACUACCCCAUUUACAAGAUCCGUCGGUGCUUCCUUCAUAACAACCAGUAUUUCCAGCUGGACAUUUACCAGAAGCCCUGCCACCAAAGGUGUGAAGGCCUCAUCCUGUUGGAGACCUACUCCACCCUCCCUUCAGAGGAGCUGCAACGCCGUCUGCCGUCAUUCCUCAACAUUGAAGCCGAAGUAACUGGCAGACCAGACUACUCGAUGUUCAACCUAAGUCUCCGUGACGAAUGGGGUGUUACCAACAAGUUCUGUGUCAACAUCGCAGAGGAAGAUGAUGUGAGUGCCUGUGGUUCGUGUCCAGGCUCUGGACUGGACAUGCACCUCCACAAACCGAGACCUUUGGCUGCCACCACCAAGCUCUCUUUCUCACAUCAGGCCAACCUAGACUCUGCUGGCAAGUUCGCAUCGCUGUCCCCUCCGGCCUCGGAAAUGAUGGUCAAUGAUAGAAAAGACAUUAUUUUGACAUCAGAUCUUAUGAUCAAGAGUGUUGAAGAUGCUCAUAACUGUUUUAUCACCAAUGGGAUGGACGUGGACUCUCCCAUUAACGUAAUCAAUGGACCAGUGAAGGUAACGAAUGGGUUCUUCCCAGAGCACUGAGCAUGGGUGACGUGUUAUUUCACCCUUUUCAUGAUUUUAAGUCCAUUAUUGGGCCAUAUGGAAAAGCAAUUAUUUAUUUUAUUUCCUUUCUCUUUUUUUUUUUUUUUUCAAGUACAGAACAAAGCCUUGAGAAAGUGCAGUUGACAUUUUAGAUGAUGAAAUAAACUGUAGAUAUUUAUAUAUGUAAAGAACAGAUAGUGAAUUUUUUCUCUUUUUUGUAUUUAAUCCUGUGAGAGCAUUGGAAUUCCACAAAGCAGAAAUGAGAAUGAAAAGUUUUCAAAUCAUUUACAAAUUUUAGUUGAAAUUUGCAUUAUGCAAUGUAACAUUGUCUGCAUUUACCAAUGAAGAAGGAUAAGAUACUUUAGGAUAUUGCCAGUAAUAGAUCUACAAAUUUUGGUAACAGAAAAUUUCCCAUGUAUUUCUUGCCAGUUUUUGUUGCAUACAGAAACAUAAAAGCAACAUUAAAAUAAGGAUGGUCUUUGUAAACACAGGAAAUUGUAUUAACUAAUGUGAAAACAAGAAAAGCAGUGCAGUGAUUUGACAGACACAGGUAUUAUGAACAAUCUGAGGCAUUUAUACAAGUUCCUGUAAUUUAUAUAAAUGAAGAAUGAUAUUUAGGAAAAUAUUGAAAGUGAUAAACUAGUGUCAGUAAAGGGAUUUUCCUACUAACCCAUCUAAGAAGUUAAAAAUGUGAUAUUUAUAUUUCACAGGCAAGAAAAGAAAAGAGAUUUCAUGUUGCUAUGUUAUGUGCCUUACCAGUCCUAAGAGUAGAAAUAACGAGUAUGUAUAGAUUACUAUAAACAGGUAAUUAAAAAGAGUCAUGAGUUAACAGGAUCUUUCCAAAAUUUGAUGUACUGAUCGGUGUCAGGAAAAGAUGUAUCAAGUUACCUAGGUGCAGAUAAGCACAGUUUAGCUAUUAUUAGUGCCUUAUUGACUAUAGUUUUCAUCAAACUUGACAUGUAAUUGUGAGUGCAUUUUAAAUUACGGGUAGCUUCUACAAAUGAGAUUUUAUGUAAAUAUGUACAUUAUUUAAUGCCAUAAAAGAUGCUAUGUUAUCCUGGUUAGACUUUUUCUUUAUAAGAAAAUUGAAGGAGAAAUAUCAUGAAAGCGACAGGAAUCAGUUACAAAUAAUUAGUGAAAUUUGCUUUUAUGAUUAAUAGAUUUCUUUUAUCAGUAGCACCAAAAUGACAGUUACAGUGGCAUUAGUAGAAUAAAAGAGUUUAUAUGCUUUCUCCUUAGAGGCAAGGGACAGCCAUAAUUUUCUUAUGUGAUAUGACUGCUCAUUAAGUAGAUUUUAAAUUGUUUCUAAAAUUUUAUUAUCAGAGGAGGAGGCAGGUUUACUGAAUAAUGUUGUAAAUAAUUUAUUUUCAGUAUUUUUAAUGGAUAGAUUUUUUUUUUCUUUACACAGUUGAAUAUCCAUGAGAUUAAGUAGCUUUAUUUAUGCUCUCACAAUUCUUUAUCACAUAUGUGUGAAUUUUGAAUAUUUUUAAAGUUUAACAAAUCUGGAGAAUUACUUGAUUUAUUAUUGUUUUCUGUAAAGAUGUACAGAGAUGCGAGAUGCUUGUUUUCUAUAGACCAGAGAAUGGUUGUUUUCUUUAAAGAGCUACAGAGAACAUUUUUUCUAUAAAGAAUGACUAUGGUUUUAUUGUGACAACCUAUCAAGAUUAGAUUUAUCAUGUUCCAAAGGUUUCUUCCAAAUAGAUGUGUUUUUUCCUCAAAGGUUAUUUACAACAAUAUGAGUUGUAUAAAACUGUAACAACAAAGCUUCAGUGACUAAAGUUCACAUUGCAGUUAGACAUGUAGCUUUACUCAUUCUCUUGAUAUCUCUUUUUGCAAGAAAAUUAAGUGUACGGUCCUGUUUUAACUCAUGUAUUUUGAAAACCUUUAGCUGGAUUAAAGUUAAAAGAAAUGAUUUCAGAGCAUUUACAGACAGAUGCAGCAUUAUAAUUUAUGAGGAUUAGGUUCUGAUGAAACUAAUCCAAGAAGGAAAUCCAUAAAGAUCCUCAGUUUAUUAACAUGUAACAUACAAUGAAAAUGGGGGGAAAAAAGAAGAAAAUUUGUACUCAUCUUUUUUUUUUUUUUUUUUUGAAAAUAAUGUUGUAGAACUCGGUGACAGAACAGCAAGAUCUGCUUUUAAAUCCUUUGUUGAGGUGUAGAUAUUUAUUUAAUGUUUUAUAUGAAGUUUGUGAUAGAAAAUAUCUGCAUUGUGAUGAAUUUGUCUUCUAUAAGAACCCUUAGAGAUAAGAGUGUAUUUGAUACCUUUUUUUUAUUUCCUUUCAAGAUUUUUUUUUUUAUAUAGAGAGGCCUAAAACUUAUUCUUAAAAUUUCUCAUAUCUUUUUGGUACUCAAUUUGUACAUCACUCUUUUUUCUUUUUUUUUUUUUAGAAAUCAUUAUUGUCAUUGCAGAAAAAUAAAAGGACUUUGUUAGUUACAAUGAGUAUUAUAUAAUCUCAUUCUAUAUAUGUAUAUAGAUAUAGGUUGUGCGUUUUAUUUAUUUAUAUUAUUUCAUACUGCAUUUUCAUUUAGAUUUUCAUCUAGGUAUUGAUUUGAUAUACUGGUGUUAUUAGUUGUCAAUAAAUAGAUACAUAAAAUUUUUAUUUAUAAUAUUUUCAUUAUCACAUCAUUGUUAUAUUAAAUACUGAUAAUACUAAUUAUUACUGUCAUUAUUACCAUUAUUAUUAUUAUUAUAAUUAUUUUUAUCAUUAUCAUCAUCAGUAUUAGUUAUUAUCAUCACCAUCAUCAUUAUCAAUACCAUCGUGUUUAUCAGUUUCAUAGUUAAUAUGACGAUGAUAAUGGUUCCUCUUGUCUAGCAUUUGGGUCAAUUGCGAGCCUAAAAUAAGCUCAAUGUCACAAAUAACAUGCAGGAAAAUAGUGUUGUUUCAUAUGUUAAUUUUUUUUUAUUGUAAACUGUAUUAAUGAUUAUGAUGAUUAUUAAGAAGUAUUGCUACGUGUUAUUAUUUUCAUUUGUUCCUUUGUUAUUAUUGCAAUUAUCAUUAUUAUUUUAUCAUUUUAAUUAAUAUAAAAUUCAUUCAGUAUUGUAUAUCUCAGUAGCAUCAGUAUUGACAUUUAUGUUAUAAAUAUCUAGAUACAUACAUACAUAUAUAUAUAUACUGUAUAUAUAUGGUAUAUAACUUGGCCUCAUUUGAGUAUGACAACGUCUGUGUUAUGGUGGAUGACAAAAUUUAGACGGAGUAAUUUUUAUGUUGUAUAUUAGGUCUGAUCCUUGACUGAGUGAGUAAUUUAUGGUUUUAUGAGAACUGUAUACCUGUCAGUAUACACUGAGUAGUGUAUGUAUAUUCUGAUAAAUUAAAUGUGAAGUUUGUUUUA